UCUAGUCCCGUCUAUUGUCCCACUCUGGGUGAAGGUGAUUGAUUAUUACACACAUUUGUGGCCGGGUUGAACGGCAAAGCUUUAGUGCGCCCAUUUAUUAAAUCGCUUGUUUUGUUAGUUCUGUAUAAUCGGCUCAAAUUACAGGUUUGCUUGGUAAACUCGGGCGCUUAACGACCGCUGUCACGAAAAAUUAAUUUUUAAGUAUUCUAUAGCCGAGUACGUCUUAGUAGAAGCUCAGCAUGAACACGCUCUACUUCGGCUUUUUUAUGUGGUUUGCAUUAAUUUGCGGGGUCCAUGCGGAUGAUGUUCUUUUACUUAUCGAAGAUUUGCUGGAUUUUUACAGGUUUUCAAAGAAGGUUUACACCCAUGUGUGCUGGGACAAAGAGCUGCAACUGCAUUUGCCGAGGUUUGCGUUACACGCAAAGUAUCACGAAUUUCAGUCCACGAAAAGCCAAGUUGUGAUCCUGAUGGACAUGUCUUGUAAAGGAGCCGACUUUUUCCUGGAAAACAUGCAAAAGCGCAACUUGCUGACGCCUCGUGUGAUUUUGUUGCUGAUCAACCCAGCAGCCUUAACACCCCACUACUUUCCCGUUAACAGCAACGCCUUGUUUCUGAAGCCUUCAGGCGAAGGCUUCGCAAUCAGCAAGAUCUACAGUGGUGUCAGCAAUGUAACUAUUGGCACUUGGACGAAGACGCACCGGUACAUCGAACGGCCGAUUGCGAAGAAAAAAUUGCGCGCCACUAACUUGAAGGUUUGCUAUUUAGUCGGCGAUAAGCACGAAGGCCUGGAAAGUUCCGAAUAUCAGCCAGUGGCUGAAGCAACGACUAAGUUAAACCGUGUAUUACUGGAAGAUGGCAUACGGAUGAUCAACUCAACUAAGACAGACGCGUUUCAAAUUGGGUCCGGUGAACCAGAGCUGGUUAACGAUUUAAUCGCGGGAAAGUGCGACAUUGGAGGUGGGCGUGGAGCAAGCGAGAGCUUGAAAGGAUCACUGAUAUCUUUUUCAGGAACCCCGCUAGCCCUAACAGCUGAAAAAAUCGGCCGUCUGGACGUUUUAGCUAAAACCCUUAGGGAGGAUAAGACAUUUGUCUUCAGAGCCGCACCCCAUUCGUACAUCAGCAAUGUGUUCACUUUGCCCUUUGAUUCAUAUGUUUGGUGCUCAUGUUUCGGCCUUAUGGGCGUGAUAUUUCUCAUCGUACACCUGGUGGUGUGCUGGGAGUGGAAAGAUCCCGUUUUCAAGCUCAAUCUACAGCCCAACAUUUCCUUGAGACCAAAUCCCGUGGAUAUACUUUUGAUGGAGGUGGGUUCAGCAGCUCAACAAGGAUUUGAAGCGGAGCCAAGGAGCAACUCGGGAAGAAUCGUUUUCAUGUCGACUCUGAUUUCGUUCAUGUUUCUUUACACGUCUUUUUCAGCCAGUAUUGUGGCUCUGUUGCAAUCCACCACCGACAGUCUCAACACCUUCGAUAACCUGUUCCAAUCCCGGAUCAAUGUGGGCUUUAAGCAGAACAUUUCAUUGGACUUCUUCAAUGAUUUAAAGCAUCAACCUAACAGGGCGGAUUACCACGGCAAACUGAAAGAACCGCAAUUUUUUACAUUGGAAGAGGGAGUUAAAAGAUUGCAGAACGACUUCUUUGCCUUCUACGCAGAGACUUCGGAAGUUUACCGGUAUAUAAACCGCUGGUUUCAGGAGAGCGAAAAGUGCAGCCUGAGGGAGAUCCCGUUCAAAAACACCCACAUCAAUCAUUGGCUGUUCAUGGGGAAAAAUUCCCAGUACAGGGACGCUUUGCGGAUUGGAAUGAACAGCAUUCAAGAAAGGGGCAUUCGCAGCCGGGAGUAUAAACGUCUGUUUCCUUUAAAGCCCUUCUGCGACAGCAUCGGAGGAAACUUUGAGAGCGUCGGAUUGGUGGACAGCUAUGGGGCUUUUCUAAUCAUGGUCUACGGGGUGGCACUUAGUUCUUUACUGUUCCUACUCGAACACAUGUCGCUUCAAUAUAAUUUGUCUACUAAGGCUGGACGCAUUCGCAACCGGAUUUUCAACUCUAUUCAUCGAGGUGAUGAAUAACAUUGUACUGGGUGUCGAUUUGUGUUAACGGGCAAUCAUUCGCAUGAUGUGAAAUAAAGUAUUUAUUCCGAA